AUGGAGACCAUGCUUCAGACUUCAGGGGCAGUCUUUGCCAACAGCCUUACUGGCUGCUCUGAUAAGACGACGGAGGCGUUCUCCGUCCAGUGCUUUUCCGGGCACGAUGCGACUUGGACAAACGGGAGCGCCGACAGUCCCACCGAGAGCACCGUGCACAUGACCCAAGCACCCUGCGUCAACAGCCUUGCUGGCUAUUCUGAUGCAAAUCGGAUGGCUGCGAGCGGCGACGGUGCCACGGAGACUUCGCUUCAGGCGACGCCGGCGGCCUCGGCCAACAACGCUGCGGGAUCUUCUGGCAACACGCAGAGACCUCAGAGACUCUUAAGUCGUUUGCUGCUGUCACGUGUGGGUCGUGUUUCCCUUCUUCAACUUCUUCCAUGA